AUGAAUAACAUUAUGUUCAAGACUAAGAACACAAGCGAAAUCCUCCAGCAAGAAGAACUUAACAUCGUAGAUGCUUUAGAGCUGGCUAAAGCCAAGGUAACAUCUUUGGAAAGAAUCAAUAACAAAGAAACAGAGAUGAAUGAUAUGAUAGAAGCAGCUGUGUUGUAUGCGAAGACGUCAUUCCAAAUUGAUGCCAAAGAAGAAUGUACAAGAAGUCACCGCGUAAGGCGUAACCCGAGGCGAUACGACGAAAAUCCCCAAAAAACGACAGCUUUCACCUUUUAUCAAUAUUAUAGAAAGGAGUUCAAGUGCGUUUUGGAUGUCCUUAUCUCGCAAUUUAGGAACAAGAUGCAGCCGACAUUGGAUGUUAUCGCCCCUAUAGCCCACGCUCUGCAGGUUCCUUUGCACGAGCCAUCGCCGAAAUCAUACAGAAACUCGCAGAAAUGUUCCCCAAUGAAGUGGAUGCUGACGUGUUAGAAGCUGAACUUGAAGUUUUCAGAAAUAUAGUCGACCACAAGGAAGAAUUAAAGAACGGAAGCAUGAACAACAUCGUCCAAUUUGCUUAUGAGCAGAGAAAAACACUGCCAUUAACAUGGAAGGCAUAUCAGUUAAUGCUAACAGCUCCAAUUUCAGUCGCUAAAGAUGUGUCGUGA